UAUCGAUUCACAGCGAUAACGAUAGACAAAUUGUUGUCGCGUUGUCACAAAAAAAAAGGAAGAAAACUCCUGCGAAAAGAGUUUUUCUGGCCAUUUCACGCGCUUUUCUUGGAAAUCGAGGACAGGAAAACGCCAUAGCAAGCAGAUAAAACAUGGGCAAGAAGGAGGAAAAGACACAGCAGGGCGAGGAGCUGGUAAAGGUCAACAAGUGGGAUGGAUCCGCGGUGAAGCACGCCCUCGAUGAUGCGGUGAAAACCUGCCUCCUUGGCGAUCGUCCCCAGCUGAAGGAGCAGUUCGGCCUGGUCAACACCCGUUUGGCUCUCUGCGCCCUGGCCGUGUCCGUGGCCAUAAUGGCCCAUGCCUGGGACUUCACCCACCCCUUCCCGGAAUCCCGUCCAGUGCUGCUGUUCAGCGUACUCGCCUACUUUGCCCUCCUGGGCAUUCUGACCCUGCACUCCAGUUUCCGCGAGAAGGGCACCUUUGCGGUGGCCCUGCAGAAGGACAAGGAGCGGGAGCGCCUGUGGGAGGCCAGCUCCGAUAUGCGCAAGUACGACGACAAGUACCUGCUGACCCUCAGUGUUCGCGACUCCAAAAAUGGCAAGCGGCGCGAGCAGAGCAGCAACAAGUCCUGCGCCGCCUUCAUCGAUCAGAAUGGCAUCAUCCUGGACAACCUGGUGGCCAACGAGGUCAACCGCCUGUUCAACGCCUUGGCCGCCGACAAGAAGAGCGCAGGCCCCCUUGUUUCUAAUUAAACCAAAUUUCCCACUUUUGUCUCAUUAAACUGUACACUUUUGUGCUUAAUAUAAAUGUCUGAAUCUGAUAGAAACUUUACCAUUGAUAUGUGGCUUAUUUGGAACUGCUUAGUAAAAAAAAAACUGAUUCCGGUGGCAGCGAAGGCGGAGAAAAGUGUGCCUAAACUGAAACUGGCGGCGAUGAGAAAGCCACCACCGGAGGUCAGUGUCCACAUUGCGCUGAUUAGCCCAUUAAUAUACAAUUCACAUUUAAACAGAAGUUAAACAUCAAAAUUUAUUUAAAUGCAUUUUGGAGAAUAAUAUGAAUAAUUAUAAUAAUCUAUAUGAAUGAUGAUCCCGAAA